GCCGGGAGGUGGAGGUCAAAACGGCCACCGACUGAAAUCUCGGGCUGAGUCCGCACGUCUCGACCUCACUUCCACACUCUUCACCUCACCACCUUACCACCACCACCCACCACAUCGCCAUGUCGUUCGGACGCCCAGGAGGUUGGGGAGAUAGCUUCAAGGUCACGCCGCCGCAGCGCGGGUCGUUCCCCUUGGACCAUGACGGCGAAUGCAAAACCUUCAUGCUGUCAUACAUGAAGUGCCUCAAGUCGCACGGGUCGGACGGCGGCCAGUGCCGUCCCGAGGCGCGCGAUUACCUCGCCUGCAGGAUGGACAAGGGCCUCAUGGAGCGCGAUAGCAUGCAGAAUCUGGGGUUGGGGGACGUUGGAGCGACUGGCGCGGCGGCGACGACACCAGCAGCGACAGCGACAAGCGCCAAAACCACGCCCAAGCCGGAAGAGAUGGAGCGCAUCUAGUGCCCAUCCAGACGACACGACGACGACGACAACACAGACAGACAGCAACCGGUCGCGCCUUCGGCGCUCACCCCACACCCCACUCUAUGCAUUGAAUACAUCCCUUGG